AGGGGGGCGGGGUGAAGCACAGCUGACAUCUUCAGACUUACAGACCUGACUGUUGCAGAAGGACGCAGCAUGUCAAGCGGGCAGGUAACGGUUAACUUCUGCACAAGUGGGAAAAAGAUGUUGAACUAAACAAAGUAACUGGGGGGGGAAAGCAAACUGGAUUUCCUGAGCACAUUCAAUUUGUAUUAACGGGAUUGUUUGUUGGCAGCGAGGGAGGAGGAAUGAAAAAUAUGUAGGAGCUGUGCGUAAAAAUCCACAAGAUUCCACUGAGGGGUUGAUCGUCGAUUGUGCCAAAGUGCGACUUGAGGAGCAGCUUAUUCAUGCAAAUUCAUAAAAUCAUAGGCGUGCCUUUGGGCGAUGGAGUCACAGCCGGAAAAGCAAACCCCCUCCUGGAUCAUCAGCGACCUUCAAAGACUGUGAUGCGCAGCGCUCGGACGCAUUGACGGCGGCACCGGGGCAAAUGUUUUAAAAGGGACAGAGAAAGAGAAGAGAAAGUUAGGACUCGUUUUCUACACGCUUCUGUUGACUGGCUUCACUUCGUCCUCAACACAAACACCAGCUCGACUGCUGCGCCACUGGCAGCUGUAACGCACUGCCGCAACUCUCACUAUUUGCCUUGGGGUCUCAUUAUAUUUUUAAUUUUAUUUUUAUAUCUUAACAAUCAAUUCGGACGUGGAUGAAGUUUUAGUCAUUCUGUUAUAUCGAAUUUGUGCGUAAAAACGCGACCACUGACUCGCUCCUAUUUUGAGAGAACUAUUUAAUUUUUAAUUUUAUUUUAAUACAAUCGGAGGACUUUUUCUCCCUUCACCAUGACAGAGGACGACAGUAGCUCCACCACCAGCUGUAUGUCUGAAACAGAAGGCAGCAACGUUAGCGUCCUCAACUGGGAGCAAGUGCAACGGCUGGACGCGAUCCUGACUGAGACCAUCCCGAUCCACGGUCGAGGAAACUUCCCCACUCUGGAGAUGCAGCCGCGGCAGAUCGUUAAGGUGGUGCGGAGUCGGAUGGAGGAAAAACAGAUCCACGUCCGGGACGUUCGAUUAAACGGCUCUGCUGCCAGCCACAUUCUGCACGAGGAUAGUGGACUGGGCUUUAAGGAUCUUGAUCUAAUAUUUUGCGCAGAUAUGAAAGGUGAAAGUGAUUUCCAGACUGUGAAGGACAUAGUUUUGGACUGUCUCCUGGAUUUUUUACCCGACUGCGUGAAUAAGGAGAAAAUAACCCCGUUAACGUUAAAGGAAGCCUAUGUGCAGAAGAUGGUGAAGGUGUGUAACGACUCAGACCGCUGGAGCCUCAUCUCCCUCUCCAACAACCGGGGGAAGAAUGUGGAGCUGAAGUUUGUGGACUCUCUGCGGCGGCAGUUUGAGUUCAGCGUGGACUCCUUUCAGAUCAAACUGGACUCCCUGCUGCUGUUCUACGAGUGCUCAGAGAACCCAAUGGCUGAGACCUUCCACCCCACUAUCAUGGGAGAGAGCGUGUACGGGGACUUCAGCGAGGCCCUGGACCACUUACGCCACAAGUUCAUCUGCACCCGGAACCCGGAGGAGAUCCGAGGAGGGGGUCUCCUGAAGUACUGUCACCUGCUGGUGAGGGGUUUCAGGGCUGCUUCAGAGUCAGAGAUGAAGUCCCUUCAGCGCUACAUGUGCUCACGCUUCUUCAUUGACUUCCCUGAUAUUGGUGAGCAGCAGCGCAAGCUGGAGUCCUACCUUCAAAACCACUUUGUGGGCCUGGAGGACCGCAAGUACGACUACCUGAUGACCCUUCACGGAGUGGUCAACGAGAGCACGGUGUGCCUGAUGGGACAUGAGAGGAGGCAGACCUUAGGGCUCAUAGCCAUGCUGGCAGUGCGUGUUCUGGCUGAGCAGAAUGUCAUCCCCAACGUGGCUAAUGUUACAUGUUACUACCAACCUGCUCCUUAUGUGGCAGAUGGCAACUUCAGUAACUACUACAUAGCACAGGUACAGCCGGUGUUUGCUUGCCAGCAGCCUGCAUACUCCACCUGGCUGCCCUGUAACUGAGUCAGGCCUGAGGAAAGGAGGAGGGAGAGAGUCUGAUUUGUUUAAACAGGAGUGAGCAGCAUAGUCGCCGCCUCAAACCUGCCCAAAUGUUUGACA